AGGAUGGCGGCGGAGGGAGCUUGGGUUGCCAAGGCCGGAGGAUGGCGGCGGAGGGAGCCCCCCCGGGCGGGGUGAGCGGUCGGGGUCCAGCCCCCAACGCAGCGUUUCCCUUCGGCUCCCCCGCGAGCUCGGACGAGGAGCCGGCCCCCACGGCCGCCGAGGAGCGGGCCGCCCAGAAGAGGGAGGAGCGGCUGCGGAAGUUCAGAGAGCUCCACAUGAAGCGGAAUGAAGCUCGCAAGCUAAAUCACCAGGAAGUUGUAGAAGAAGAUAAAAGGCUUAAGUUGCCAGCAAACUGGGAAGCAAAAAAGGCGCGACUAGAAUGGGAACUGAAAGUUGAGGAAAAGAAGAAGGAAUGUGCUGCUACAGGAGAAGAUUAUGAGAGGGUGAAGUUGUUAGAAAUCAGUGCUGAGGAUGCAGAAAGAUGGGAAAGAAAAAAGAAGAGAAAAAAUCCAGACAUAGGAUUUUCAGAUUUUGCAGCUGCUCAGUUGCGCCAAUAUCAUAGGUUAACCAAGCAGAUCAAGCCUGACAUGGAAAAAUAUGAAAAGCUAAAAGAAGAAAAUGGAGAAGAACUGUAUCCAACAGCAAACAGUCUUCUUCAUGGAACUCAUGUACCAUGUAAAGAAGGAGUUGAUAGAAUGGUUACAGAUCUUGAAAAACAAAUUGAAAAACGUGAGAAAUACAGUCGGCGACGUGCUUAUAAUGAUGAUGCAGAUAUUGAUUACAUUAAUGAGAGAAAUGCCAAGUUCAAUAAGAAGGCAGAAAGAUUCUAUGGGAAAUAUACAGCAGAAAUUAAACAGAACUUGGAGAGAGGAACAGCUGUCUAAACUUUCGGAUCUCAAGAGGCACUAUUCUACAAAGCAGAUUGUUCAACAUAAGCUAGGCAUACUGUGCUGAAAAGCUUAAAAACUGUAUCAACAUACUAAUAAUGCAAAUAUAAAACUUGCGAUAGUCAUAAUAUUCAAAUAACUAGUAAAACUUUUUAAUCCAAUGGUGUGCCUUGUAUACAUGCUUGAAUGAUGGUGGGUGUCAUAGUUGUACAUAGCUUUCCCUUCCAAAGGGGGCUAGUGUUGUCAAUUUAGCAAACUUCAAAAUGACUGUUACUCAGAUCAAAACCUGAAGUUUUAUAAAUGUAGUUUUUGUUCGAAUCAGAUUUUGUGAAGUGGUUUUGACCAUUUAAAAUAGAUGUUAACUAAACAGAA